AUGUACUUUGGUGCUUUUGCUAAAUUGUUCCCCAUUGAGUGUUUGAUCAUUUCCAGAUAUUACUACGACCGUGACACGGAUACCUGCCGACUGUUCUACUACAGUGGAUGUAAAGGCAAUAAUAACAACUUUGGUAGCCUAGUUGACUGCCAGAAGCUUUGCGUGCUUGGCGGACAGGGACAGCGACUACGACCGGAUCAUCGCUCUUCCUUUUCGCCUUCACCGAUCCUUCGUGGUCAUUGUCCAGAUGGCAACAAUCCGUUAGGUGGAUUAACACCAGUGUUAUGCGGUAACUCAACGGAUUCCAUCGCAUGCCCUGUCGGAUACUACUGUCUUGCUGGUCCUCCUGAUGUUUGUUGUCCUAGUGGGAAGAUCGAAAAAGAAGAUGAAAACAAAUCUAUUCGAUUUGCAUCUAAGCAAGCUGAUGUUCUUCGAGAUGGUUCAGACCCUAUCUUAAGUUCAACUGGCGAACCGAUCCCGUGCGGGGCUGGAUUCGACGGAGUGAAACUCUGUCCCAAAGGAUUUUAUUGCGCUAUCGACGUUGAGAAGCAAUGUAAGUGCAUACAAAUAAAAAAAUAA